CUUUCUCCUUUUCUCUCUCUCACAACCAUCUUCAUCUCUUGUGUCUCUUUCUUUUUCACUUUCCGCUCGUUCUAAUUUCCCUUUGAAAUUUAUUUCUUCUUUUUAUCUAACUAACAAUUUAUUCAAUUUCUUCUUUCUUUUUUCUUCUAAUUUCUCUGUAAUUUCAGAUUCUCAAACAAACCUCUUGAUUUAUUUGCAAUUUUUCAUUUUCUCUAAAGUAUAAAUAUCAUCUCUCAUUCUCUUUUUUUCGAUCAAAUCAUCAUAAAAAUAAGUAAUUAAGGAAAUACAAUUGAAAGAAAUAAGUGAUAUCUUGUCAUCUAUAGAAAAAAAUAUAAACAAUCUUUCCUUUCACCUUGUGCACAAGGGAAAUUUUUGAUACAUUUACUGGUCCAUUUUUUCUUCUCUCUCUUUCUCUCUCUCUCUCUUCUCUCUUGUGAUUAAAUCACCUUCUCAGUUUUCCACCUUCAAAUUAUUUCUCCUGUUGGUAUAUUUAUCAAUCGUUCCUUUGGUCUAGUAGAUUAUCCACCAGUUCUUCACACAUUUCAGAAAUUCUCUUCUUUCUCUUUCUGGUUCAAGUGACUAAGCUCUCUCACUCACAUAAUAAUUUCUGGUAAACAGCUACUGUUGAAUAGACCUAAAUAAGGAAGUUUUGUUAUUUACCAAGAAAAGAAAAAAAACUGAUUCUAGUUUCAUCGUAAUACAAUCGUACUUUUUGUCUUCACUUGCUUCACAUUAAAAUGGUGGUUAUAUGUAAAGAAGAUGUUUUCGACUGGUUUAAAAAACUGUCUGGUGGUAAACGUAUUGAGCUAAUGUGUGGCCUCCUUAACCUUUGUAUACCCUUGGAGUGGAGAUUUUUUGCCACUUUCCUUGAACAAGCAGCUAAACGAGAUUAUAAUUCGCUUAAAGAAGCCGAAAUUAAAGCAAAUUCCUUAGAAGAAUUAGAGAAACUUACUCAAUUAGAUUGGCUUGCUGCUGAUAUUGGUCCUCAACCAGAUGAUCAUCAUCAUAUCGGUGAUGUAAUCAAUGGUCAACCAAUGAAUGGAACCAUUUGUAACGGUAACUCUGUUCCAGUUAAUGGUGGAUCAAGUCUAUCAAUUCAUAAUGAUUCUAAUUCAAUGGAUAAACACUUAAGCUCAGUACGAUCUAAGAUUGUUGUUUAUUUGUGUCUAUUGAAUUCAACAAACCGUGUUUGUGCCACUUUAGUUUACAAGGCUUUCCGAAGUCAACUUUGCCUUGAAAAUAUUUCUCGUCACCUAUUUGGUUCUGUAAUGGAUACAACAACCGCAAAUGGUUAUACCAAUGGUGGUGGCGGUGGUGGAUCAACUCCAACACCAACCUGCCCUCUUAAUUUGAAUCCAGUUUCAAGUAAACCAGGAAAUCUUCAUAAAGAAUCACCAACCACCGCAAUGCAUCACAAUUUAAAUCGUUCACCCAAUGAACUUACUGGUUAUUCUCAUCUGGUUUUGGAUAACAAAUUUUAUUCAGAAAUUGUUUUACUCCAUACCCUUGCCAUACAUCAUCCAGCUUUCACUUUUGAUCAACAAACUCUCCUCAGCGAACAGCUUCAAAAAGUUCAACAAUGGAUGGAUGCUGUUAUGUUCGCUGCUGCUGCCACUGCCUCAGCUAAUUCGCUUUCCUCCUCAACCACACCACCAAAUAUCCCGGUUGUCCCACCAACCAAUUCUAUCACAGAUUUACAACAAUCUCAACUGGUCAAUUUAACCAGUAAAUUAUCUCUUAAAUCAAAUUUAAAUGAUCAUAAAACAAACUGUAUACCCUUACCUAGUGAGUCAACUCUUAAAACAAUCCCAUCAGCUGUACCACCAUCAACAAUAGCACCACUAUUACCACCGCCAACUUUAACAAGCACCGUUACCACACCAAUAAUUGAAACAUCCACUGUCCUUAAAGGCCAUUCACCUACUCCUGUUAUAGCCACAACAAGUUGCCAAAGCUGUUCAUAUACAUGUACAUGUAGUUUUAGUAACAGUAAUUCACUGGCUACAACACCUUCAUCAACACCACCACCAACCUCAUUAUCUGGUCAACAUCCAAUUAAUCAUGUUGGUUCAGUGCAAUCAUCGGUUUCUGCUCAACCAACAACUAUGUCAACAUCUCCUAUGCAUCCUUACUGGUUCUAUUUUCCACCACCUCCAAUACCAACUCAAGCUCCUCUCAUCAAUGGUUACACUUCACCAGCUCAAGCAACAGAACAACUGUUUAAUUAUUAUUACGCUGUUGCAAUGGCUGCGGCAGCAUCGACUUUCGGUAAUUCAGCUGCAACCACAACACCUUAUUGGCCUCACUUUCAAACAGCCAAUGGACCGAUAACUGCAAGUCCUUUCACCGGAAUGCCAACACCAAUAACAACCGGAGUUAAUUCACUAGUUGCAGCAGCGGCAACAUUUCAAACAGCUAAAUCUUCAGUGGUCAGUUGUUAUAAUUGUGGUGCUUAUGGUCAUCAUGGAAAUGAGUGUAAACAAACAAAUUUUGACGAACAAAUGAUUCGAAAUUGAGGUUACGAGAAAUUUAGACGAAAGAAUAUACAAAGGAAUCUAAACAAUUUUAGCAAACAAUUUACGUUAUAAAUCGUGAUUUUUUCUUCUCUUCUCGAUCCACAAAAAUCUUACUAUCAUAAUCAUCUUCAUCAUCUACUUUGUUUCUCAUUCAAAAAGAAUCAAAUUGAUUGGAAAAAAAUAAACUUUUGGUGGGCCAAUAACAGUCCAGUUGAUGAUAUCAAGUGUCUAAACAAUUGGAGUAUAAAAAGUUUACCUGUUCUUUUCUCUCUUUCUCUCGCUCUUAAUUUUUCAUUAAUAUUACAUAAUAUAAUAUACUUUCGCCAUCACUUCCUCCGAAAAUGUUGCCAACAAUUCAUUUAUAUACGGAUGUGUUCCUUUUUUCAAAUGAUAAACUUUUUUCUUCUUUCCUCUUCUCUUGGACUGGCCAGUGCCCAGAGAUAAUCGAUUGCUGAAUCACAUAAUUACUGUUACUCGAUUGUUUUAUUCUUGAUAAUCAAAAACAAAGUAAAUCUCUUGUUAUCAAGAAUAAUUGUUUCUAUCAAGGUUAAUGAGUGAAAUCAGUCCUUGUCACCAUAUCUCUCUCUCAACUUACAUCAUCAACAUUGCUUCUAUUACUAAUCUUUAAAAGCACCUACACUACCACACACACUUCAUUAUCACAAUGUCAUCAUCUUUAUCAUCAUCCACAUUUACACACAUCAAGUCCAUCUCUAAUCACAUAAAAACUAUAAUUACAGAGAAAUUGCAACCCGAAAA